AAGGAAUUAGCAAACUGCAAAAUCGUGAAUUUCAUGAAAUCAAUAAAAGUGUUGCAGCGGUUGAAUAACGCAGGCGCAUUUGGAGUAACAAGCAGUCUUCAAGAUGGCUCGUGUAAAAAGUGUUCUUGUUUUCAUUGUCCUGAGUUUUGCUUGUUUAGAAGCCAAACGGAAAGUAACCAAAGAGUCUCAGUUAGAAACGAAAGUCAAGCAACUUGUGGACUGGACAAGCAGAAGACCUAUCAUCCGAAUGAAUGGUGACAAAUACAGAUUAUAUGUAAAAGGAGUUCCAAGGAAUUACUCUAUUAUUUUGAUGUUAACGGCACUUGCUCCGCAGAGGAAAUGUGCAGUUUGUAGGGAGGCAAAUGCUGAGUAUCAAAUACUGGCCAAUUCAUGGCACUACUCUCCAAGUUAUUCAAACCAAUUGUUUUUUGCAAUGGUGGAUUUUGAUGAAGGAUCUGAUGUGUUCCAAGCACUGAAACUAAAUUCUGCACCAGUUUUUAUGCAUAUUCCUGCAAAGGGGAAAGCAAAAAGAGGUGACAGCUAUGACAUCCAAAGGAUGGGGUUUUCAGCUGACAAUCUUGCUCGCUGGGUUGCAGAGAGAACUGACAUUAAUAUUCGUGUUCUUCGUCCUCCCAACUACAUGGGAGCUCUUGCUUUGGGCACCUUAGUUAUAAUCAUUGGUGGUUUACUUUAUGUCAAAAGAAAAAGUUUAGAAUUUCUUUAUAAUCGGUCUUACUGGGCAAUUUGUGCUUUAUCCAUUGUCUUCUGCAUGUUGUCUGGCCAGAUGUGGAAUCACAUUCGUGGUCCAGCUUACGCUCACAGAAACCCUGAAAAUGGACAAGUGAACUACAUCCAUGGCAGUAGUCAAUAUCAGUUCAUUGCUGAAACUCAUAUCAUCCUUGGUCUUUAUGCAGCUUAUACCAUUGGCCUCAUUCUUUUGAAUGAAAAAGCAAUAGAAGCUGUUGAUUCAAAUAAAAAGAAAUUGCUUACUAUUGGAGGUCUUGCAUCCGUCGUAAUCUUUUUCAGUUUGCUGUUGUUCAUUUUUCGUUCGAAAUACCAUGGCUAUCCAUACAGCUUUUUAUUCUAGAGACGAAUGAUUUAACUUCUUAUUGGAUUUGUCCUAUUUACUUGUAAGAAUUUUAAAUAAAAUGGUUCCACCAUUGUAAAAUUCAA